GACAAGGUUACCACCUGCAGUCAGGCAAAUCUCGUACAGACAGGAAGUGGUUGGUAACAAAGAGGAGGUGGCAGGUAACGGGCCUCUUGGCAGGAGGAGGAGAAGAAGGCUGUAGUGUCAUGAUGGAUGGAGAGAGAAGGAACAACACUGAGAUGAUAUUAGACCUCACUCUGAAGAUUAUAUAUCUACUGACAGGAGAAAAUUAUGGACCUGUGAAGAAACCAAGUAAACAUAUGAAACCCAUGUGGGAACUGCACAUGUCAAGUGUUCAGAGCAGGACCCAGACUCCUGUUAUGGAGGCUUCACUUCAGCCAUGCAAGAGAAACAAUGAACAUCAGAUCUUAGAACUCACCAACAAGAUCAUUGAGCUGCUGACUGGAGAGGUUCCUAUAAGGGAUCAGGAUGUCACUGUCUAUUUUUCCGUGGAGGAGUGGGAAUUUUUAGAAGAACACAAGGAUCUGUAUAAGGAUGUUAUGCUGGAGAUACAUCAGCCCCUCAAAUCGCUGAGUAAAGAUGAAACCAGUAAGAGAAAUCCACCAGAGAGUCCAAAACCAAAGGAAAAUCAAAAUGUCCCACAAGUAUCUCUGGAUUGUCAGACUGGUGGAGCGAAGUUCUCACCUAAAAGUAAAAGUAAAGCCGUACACUACACAGAACCAGUUGGUUGCCGUAAGAGAACUCCAUCAGAAAGAUGUUAUAAUGCUAAGGGUUUUCCAAAAAAAACUUGCCGUAUCCCUCAGGCUCAUCAGGUUGAAGACCUGAAGAUUAUCAAAGUUGAAGUACUGGAUGAUGAUGAGGAAAUGUAUGGGAGGAGUAGUCUGCAUUGUGAACAGGAGGAAAUUGGCCUAGAUGGAUCCAUUAAGAGAAAAUUACCAGAGAGAUGUCCCAGUCCUCUGUAUUCCCAGGACUCUCCACAGGAAUAUCACACUGAUGAUCAUCAGGGGGAAGACCAGAUUGAUAUUAAAGUGUGUAUUGUUGGAGGAGAUGAUGAGAGUGGAGAUAACAUUCCUACAGAUAACAUCCCAACAGGCAGACACAGGAGUAGCAAUACUUUGAAAGAACGUCUAGGUGCGUAUUCACACUGCAGAACAGAAGAGGUGAACAUCACAGGAAAUUUUCGUGGAGAAUAUACUAAUAUCCCUAAUAUGCACUCAUUACCUAAUGGUUUAGGACUGUCAUAUGACUCCGCCAUGCACGGAAGCUUUUCCUCUGAUCCAUCACAUAUUAUUACUCACCGUCCAGGACACCUAAAUAAGACUAUAUACACAGGUUGCUUUCCUCCAAAUGAUUUUCCACUGACUACUAACUCUGUUGUGAAAUCAUUUCCAUGUCCCGAGUGUGGAAAACAUUUCCGGUAUAAAUGGCAUCUCAACAAACAUCUGAGAAUUCAUAGAGGUGACAAGCCAUAUCCAUGCUACGAAUGUGGGAUCUGUUUUAAAGAGAAAUUCAAUCUCGCAAAUCAUUUGAAGAUUCACACAGGAGAAAAGCCGUUUUUAUGUUCUCAGUGUGGAAAGAGGUUCUCCACAAAGUCCAAUCUCCUUGAACAUUUUCGAGUUCACACGGGCGAGAAGCCGUUUCCUUGUUCUGAAUGUGGGAAAUGUUUUAAGAAUAAAUCUCAUCUAGUAGAGCAUCAAAGGAUUCACACAGGGGAGAAGCCUUUUCCAUGUUCUGAGUGUGGAAAAGGCUUUACAAGCAAAUCUAGGCUUCUCAAGCAUCUGCGGGUUCACACUGGAGAGAAGCCAUUUUCCUGUCCUGAAUGCAGUAAAAGUUUUACCCAGAAAGCCCAUCUCAUUAGACAUCAGAAAAGUCACAAUCAUUUAUGAAAACAGAAAACAUCUUCAUGCUUAAAGGGGUUGUCUCUCUUCAGCAAACUGCAUUUAUCAUCUAGGCAAAGUAGCACCUACUAACGUACUGUGAUUGUCCAUAUUGCCUCCUUUGCUAUCUUGAUUCAU